AAACCCUCAAAACAUAAAAGCAAAAAUUGUCGGCGAAACAGAGUUCCGUUCUCCUUAACAAAGUGAGACCCAACAAGGAUACUUGGCGAGUACAUGCUAAGUGUCUUCACUCAUGGAAGAUAAACAACACCUUUGGGUGAAAAACUUCAUGCUGCGGCGAGAAGAAGUCAGAUGUAUCAUGCACAACGCAACCUCCCUAUUGGAGAAUGGAGAUUCAUUGAGAACAUUUCCGUACAGCUGCUGGAUGACAAUAUCGAACAACAACUUCUCCGUACAAAAUAAAUAUCAUCAAUGACACAGUGUAUGCGAAAUCCGAUUAUCAUGAUGACAAUCUUUUCCUUGCGCUUAAGAGCUUUGAAUAUUUUGGUGAACCAUAACUGAAAGUGUACUUCCUAAUUGGUUUGAAUGACAUCAUUGGUGAAGUCUUUGAACUUGGAAGAGUUCAAACUGUGCAAGUUCAUGACGGUGAGAAAAAGAGGCUUCAGUUUCGGAUGCGUGACACUACGGGUCUUGAUGUGGCAUGUUGCCUAUGGGAAAAAUAUGCUGAGCAAUUUGAACCGCUUAUUGAAUCAGGAAAUGAUCAACCGUUAAUAUGUUUUAUUCGUUUUGCUAAAAUUAUUUUGUUCAGAGGAACAAUACGACUCAGCAAUGCAUAUGAUGGCUCUGUUGUGACUCUCAACCCAACUGUGAAGGAAGCUAUUGAAUUCAAGCAAAAGAUGCAGCAAGAUGACCUGUCUCUUGCACUUUAUGAUAAUAAAAACGAGUCAAUGAAGGUGAUAAAGAAGCAAGUAGAAGAUUUGACUCAGAUUGAAGUGAAGACCAUAUCUGAGUUUUGGACUCAUUUGAGACUGGGAGUUGCAAAAUCAUAUGUUCAAUUGAAUCAGUGGACACAGAUUGGGGUUGGCUCUACUUUGGAUGUAAUAUUUGCAGAAGGCGUGUUACUAGGAUUGGUAGACAUUUGGUUGGUACUGAAAAGCCAAUGUUCCGUUGUGAGGUUUGCCGUGCUAAUGUCAGAGAUGUGUCACCAAAGUACAAGUUGCAUUUAUUUGUUAAAGAUGACAGUGAGACAUGUAAAAUCAGGUUACUUGACACUGUUGCAAACACCAUUGUAGGUGUCGCAGCUGAAGAACUCUGGGAUGGUUCCUAUGAUGAGGCAAGUCAUUGAGCAUAAUAUCCUAUAUAUAUUUUUUAAAAAAUAGCUUAACAUAAACUGUCAUAUUUUUUUUAUAAAUUGAAGACCCAAAAUUAUUACCACAAACUGUCCACGAUAUUUGUGGGAAAUCGUUCUGUUUUGGUCUCACUGUGAAGGCUGAUAAUGUAACAAAUAGGGCAGACACUUACUUUGUUUCUGAAGUUUGGACUAAUAACCAUACUUACAAACUCGAGGAUGCUCCUGAACCAAUUUCCCAGAUUGAAGGAAAUUCCUCGAGUCAUUCUGGUGGAGAGGUUUCUCUGAAGAGGGCGUAUCAACCCCUUUCUCUAAGCAUAAGGAAGAAGAUGCAGAAUUGAAAGAUAUGAGUUCUACCUCUAAGAAAGUGUGCACUAAGAGCAUAAAGUUGGAGAAGACUAAGUGGUGUUUGAUUUGCUGGUGUUUUGUUUUUAUUUUUUUCAUUUGCUUCUUUCUAUGGAUUUUGGAUUUUGUUUUCAGACUAUUUAGUGAUUUAAUAAUCUACUUAUUUUAUUAUGAA